CGCAAGCAAAAUUUAUGGAAUAGGAUCACGACUUUCCAAAUCAGGACUACACAAUCAAACAGGAAGACACACUUUCGUGCCAGGAACAGAACUUUAUUAUGACUUUUUAGAGGCUGCGUGGCCACCCGUGCAGACAGGUUUGGUAGUGGACUUGUGCCUGGGAACUACAGGGCGAUGUUCCUGGGUUAUGCAUGUCUGUUCCUGAUCGCUUUUAUCCUAAAGGCCUGGGGAAAGUGGAUUACAGGGCAAAAACUUUGUCCUGGCAAGAGAAACAUCGCCACCCACCCACUGUGGCACACAAAGUUUGGGUCUCAUGGCCCCUGAGUCCACCCUUCAGAGCAGAAGAGCAGAAAAGGAAGAUGCAUGGGGCCACUCUUCCUUGCUUCCAUCCUGCUGGGGGCCCCUCCCUUCCAGGAGCAUCUCCAGGCUGCGGGUUGUUUUCCUUUGAAAAGGUUCCGUUCUUGCCAUGGAGACCGAGGGUUCUGAGAAGCCUCAAGUCAGUUGGCGCUGGCAUUGCCUUCCUGAGCACCAAGAUGGGCAGAGAGCACUCCAGACAGCUCCCACUGAGGCCAGCCGGGAGUGAUGCCUCUGCGCCAGAAGUCCCUCCGCGUGCCCCCCGAUGGACGGCCCUGGACUCGUGGUUCAGGAAGGUCAGGACGAGGCGCUCGCUUCGCCGCGUGAGCCCCGAAAACGUAGCUGUUCCUGUGGAUCCUCCAAGUCCUCCGGAGACACAAGGAACGCGCGCGGAGGCGCCCUCUCCCCGGACGCUGAUAAUUGAAGUGAGGCCAGCGUCCAAGUUUCUGGGGAGAGAGAAGCUCCCCUGGGAGGCUAGCAGCCUUCAGGCGGAGCGUAAGAACCAGACCUCAGAGAGUGCAGAGAGCAGCUUCCUCUCGGAGCAAAUCCUGACUUCACCAAAGGACAAACAACCCAUAGAGUUGGGUUCAAAGGAAGUUGGGAUCCCUUCGGAGGUCCUGGAGGAGGGGGCGGCCCGGGCCCUCGAUACAGAGAGUGUCCAUGAGCCCCCUCUGAAGACAUCGACGGACUCCGAAGCGGCAACGCUGGCUGACAUCCCCAGCCUGGAGGAUGAGGUGUGGGACCCUCUCCCCAGUACAAGCAGCUCCGUAGGACCCGGCGAAGAUGAAGAUCCUGCCCUGCACCCGAGGAGAUGGUCCUCCCUGGACCCAGAACAGGCAAAACAACACCUACACCAUCUUUGCCUGCUGGUCUGCAGUUCCUCCUCUGCAGAGGUCACGCAGGCAGUGGAUUACGUGGCCCGAAAACAUCUAAAGAUGGCCACGGACCACUUUCUGGAGUCCGGCGGGAGGGCAUGUGGUGAAUUAGUAAGCGCCGUACUCAAUUCACCAUAUUGUUGCCUGGAAGCGGCGCUGGACCUGUUCCUGGCCAAGGUAAAGGAGGGACCUUGGCUGGCCCAGGAGGGCGAGGAACAGGGCAGCCCUACUUUUGAUGCGGUUACGGCAAGAGCGACGCGGGCCAUCGGCGGGAUCGUCAGACACAUCAGGGACAGCACGCGCCUGGAGGGGUGGUUCCUGGAGCUUCUGCUCGCCUUGGUGACCAACUUCAUCGAGGUCACAAGGCCUGGGUUGGAGGCACCCAGCAGGAACCGGAGCAACAGCUACGUUCCUCCAGAAGAACUGGCGAAUAUCAUCAUCGUGCUAGUGAAGAGGGUGGCACCGAAGUCCUUCAACAGGACCUCCGAGUGGAUGCUAGAAGACGACCCAAGCAUCUGCCCCGAGGGGAUAGCCCUCCAGUUGCGGAGCCUCCUCAAGUCCUCCUCCUCCCUAGUCCAGCACCUGCAUUCCAUCUGGGAGAAAGAAGCGCCGCUGGAGCAUUCGGCCGGCGUGGUGGCCUUCUACGUCCAGCUGCUGAAGAUCGGCCAGCGCCCACACUCCUCGGAGAAGACCUGGGCACUGCUGACGGCCUGGCUUCAACAUCAUAGCCUGGCCGUCCAACAUCAGAGCAGGCAGGGCCUUCUCCUGCUCUGCGAGACAUACUGGGAGACCAUGGGCCUUCAGGAACUCCUAGACGGCAUCAUCGGCGGAAUGCAAUCACCGCACACUAACAUCGCCAUGGAGUUCCUGAACCUGGCUGGCCAGCUGGAGCCCCUGCUGCAUAUUGAAGACCGGGCCCUUGCGAAGGUUCACCUAACUGCCACAUGCCGCCGCCUCUUCCACCAUGAGGCGGCCAACAUCCGAACGGCAGCCCUCGAAUGCUUCCGGCAUUUCAUCUGGCGCCCGGGACAUCCUCUUCAGGAGCGUCAAACCAUCAGUGACCUCCUGGUGGUGCUGAUGCAUGUGGAGGAUGAGGAUGAGGAGGUGGCCAAGACUGCGAGGGAGACCCUCAGGGAGGUGGCGGACGUCCUGAAUUGGCACCUGAAGGACAGCGUUCUGGCGGAGGACACCUUCAGCUUGCAGGAGCUGCUGCAUAAGAUCUCCAAGCGCCUGAUCCAUCAUUGCCGCCCCAGGAAAGAGUUGGAGGAACAGGUGUAUGGCUGCCUCCGUAUCUUUAAAAGCCAACGUCCAUCGGCUAGAAAGGUGGCAGCCAUGUUAGUCGGCCACAUUCUGCACAAGAACUACAAGAUGUGUGCCGACAGGAACCUCUACACCUACCACGCCUGGCUGAUCAACCUCCUUGAAGACCAUGACCCUGAAGUCAGGCGAGUUGGCAGGGAGACUAAGACCAUCCUUGCCAGGGUCACUGCCCUACACCACCGACACGGGCUGCGGGCUGCUCUUCGGCGCUUGGCGGCUCCCUGCAGGCGGGAGAGGUACCCCCCAGAGUACGCCAAGAGGCCACCCGCCUGAUGGACUGGAACACCACGAUCCCACGAGCGCCCGCCCGGAACACCUCCGCUCCAGCUGUGCCGCAUCACCAAAGGGAAGUAGCGUUCAGGAGGUGGGAGUCUGCCCAGCCCUGGCCCAGGGAAGCCCUGCCCCCCCCCCCCCCACACACACACACAGAGAAGCCCCGCUCCCAUUCUGGGCCCCAUUGUCACCCUGGGGCCCUUGGGAGCAGAGCAGAGCAGAGCAGAGCAGAGCAGAGCAGAGAAGGAAGACCACCUAGGCCCCUCUGCUGUGCUCUGUUCUGUUCUUUUCUGUGUGGGAUUUGGGGGCCUGGAGGGGAGGGGCCACCACCUGCACCCUGGGCCUUCCUCUUCCACCUGGGCUGGGCCCCUGCCUCCUUUGACCUACGCCCCCUCCCUGACCCCUCCCUCUCGGCCUGGGAUGCCACCACCGCCCCCUCCCUCCCUCCCUUCUCCAAGGUGGCAUCCCACCAAGGGCGCUUCUCCCUCCCUCUUGCCCACCCAGAUGUGCCACCCCUCCUCCCCUCCCUCCUCCUUCCCCCCCAAACAACCCCAUUGCCCCCUCCUCUGUCCCCACCCCAUCCAAAGGGUCAAGGGGAGGGGCAGGGGGUCUCAGCCCCUCCAUCUGUCCAGGCAUCUCGGGAGGCUCAGCUCCAUUUGGGGAAAGGUGGCCAUUUCUCCAUCCAUGGUGCUGUGUCUCCCGAUGGGCUGAGAUCCCCCUUGGGUUCCCCUUGCCCCCCCCCCCCCGGCCUCUCUGCUCACCUGGAUUCACCCGGAAGGAGGCCUGGCUGCUGGGAGCCAAUAAGGAGGAGGAGGAGGGGUGGCGGACUCUAUUGACACCACUCUGCGCUUCUUGCAGGGCCACUCCAGAUGGAUGAAGAAAGGGACAGUGACCUUCGUGGGAACACCGAGGGACACACCAUCAAAGGACCCUGGUCAUCGAGGGACAUGCCAUCAAGGGACCCGGGCCCUGACCUUCGAGGGACCUUGACCACCGAGGGACAGUUGACAUCAAAGGACCCUGGUCAUCGAGGGACGUAACAACAAGGGUGCCGGGCCCUGACCUUCGAGGGACCGUGACCAUCGAGGGACACGUAACAUCCAUGGACCCUGACUGGCGCCUGCAGGAAGAAGACAGAAGACAGGACUUCUUUAUUUGUUUUAUUGUUAAAUUUUAAAAUGUGUAUGUACUUUUUUAAAAAUGUGUAUGUGCUGUUUUUAAAAUGUGUAUGUUUUUAAUAUAUUUAUUAUUGUCUUGUGUGGGAGAGGAUUCCACUCCCCUGGGAAGAGCCGCCCUUGAGCAGCUCAGUGAAAGAAACCCCCCACUCUCGGUUUAUUGUAAUUUAAAAUUAUAUCAUUAUAUUAUUUAAUGUAGAAUUAGAAUAAAUGUAAUACUUUAUUUUUAAUUUAGCAUUUUCCAUAUUAUUUAAUGUGUAAUUAGAAUAAAUAUAGCCUUUUCCUUUUAAUUUAGCAUUUUCCAUAUUAUUUAAUGUGUUAUUAGAAUAAAUAUAACCUUUUCCUUUUAAUUUAGCAUUUUCCAUGAAUUCCUUUGGGGAGGGAGACCCAAACUCAGGCCCCAUCAACACUGACCCUUUCAUGCAGGUUGAACUGCGUAUGAGGCUGGGUUUAUACUGCCUUCUAUCCCAGGACCUGAUCCCAGAUUGUCUGCUUAUUAUGAGUCUGGGAAAAACAGAUAGUCUGGGAUCAGAUCCUUGGAUAUAUAGGGCAGUAUAGAUCCAACCUGAAUAUAUUAUACAGUUCAAACUGCAUGAAAUGACAGUGUAGAUAAGGCUGUCGGCCCCAUCUAAACUGCCAUAUAAUCCUGCUUCAGAAUGCAUAUUAACUGUAUUUCAAAAUGGAUUAUAUGGCAGUUUAGACAAGGCCUAAGAAGAAGAAGUUAGAGAAGAUGAUAGUACUAAAGUGUAGGGGAGAUCGACACUGUCCUAUUUCACAGGAUCUGAUCCCAGAUUAUCUGCUUUAAACUGGAUUAUUUGAGUCUACACUGCCAAAUAAUCUGGGAUCAGAUCCUGGGGUAAGGGGCAGUGUGGAAGGGAAUGUAGUUGGUGCAAAUAUAGUCCUGGGCUUACAGUGGGGGAAGGCCUAGGCUUCUCUGGCGGAGGGUUCCCAAGGCCCUCCUCCCUCCACUGCAAAUCCUAGGACUUUCAGCUCAGCGUUGGAGAAGAACUGCCCUUGAACCGAACGAUGAGAGUAUCCCUUAUGCUCUGUUUUUUGUAGUUUACCUUCUAUGAUUGUAUCGUAUAAUGUUGUAGUAUUUAAUAGAAUAAAUGUACUGCUUUAUUUUUAA